AAAAGAGCUCACAGCUCAGUUGCACGCAUCAUACCUGUUGCAGCCAGAGACAAGCAAUGACAAGUUUUGCCGCAUUUGUUUCACUUCUCCUUGUAACUAUCAUGGUGUCCACAGCCUCAGCUCAAGGUGGGAUAGCCAGUUGUUGUCGAAGACUUUCAGACACUCAAAUCCACCGAGAUAAUCUAAAGAGUUACUACGAACAACAUAAACCACCGUGCCCUCUACACGCAGUGGUAUUUUACACGCUGCAAGACAAGCGGAUCUGUGCCGACCCCAUCAAACUGUGGACACAGACCAGCAUGGCCUACCUGGAUGGAAAGAACUGGCAUCUCCAGCAUGCAAAUCUACACAAACACCAUCGGUGAACCAAUGAGACAGCAGCAUUAAAGCUAAAAUUACUCCAAUUUUCUCAUCUGUUAUUUGAGUUCCACAGACUAUUGAAUGUUUUCAUAUUUUAACUCCUUACCUAAUUUUAGUAAAGUGAAAUAAUAUUAGGAAAUAUUUUUUUUAUGUAUAAAUAUCAAUGAUAUGAUUGUAAAUAUGUAAACAAUGUGUUAUCUUCAUUUUAUAAUGAGUCUGAGUGACACUGUGACCAAAUAAAAAUGGUCAUGUAAUGGUUACGUUUUGGUGAUUGUAAAUAGCAGAACAGACGCUUGCAGUCAUACUCAAUGUGCAGUCCGUGGGCCAAUUCUGGUUCGAAGGGGUGCCUGGUGGCCAGGCAAUCACUUUCACAAUAAAAAUAUAUGAUUCACA